AUGGCCUCGAGGAGCAUCUCUUCAUUAUCAUCAGCAGGCCUUCGGGCAUUCGCCAGAUCCACCAGACCACCACCGUCAAGUCCGAGACCAGCCCUGCAAACAUCCUUCCUCCUCCCAGCCGCUCGCCGAACACCACUACCACUGCCCACCGCGAGAACACCAUCGACAAUACGUUUCGCCCACUCGGUGCCCCGCCCGAAAUCCUCGCGCGCGACCACCAACACGCCCAAGCAGCCCACCUACGAGCUGACCUUCACCUGCGUGCCCUGCGGCACGCGCUCCGCCCACAACGUCUCCAAGCAGGGCUACCACCACGGCUCCGUGCUCAUCACCUGCCCCUCGUGCCGCAACCGCCACGUCAUCAGUGACCACCUCAACAUCUUCGGCAACCACAGCCUCACCGUCGAGGACCUCAUGCGCGACAAGGGCCAGCUGGUCAAGCGCGGCACCCUGGGCGAGGACGGCGACGUCGAGUUCUGGGAGGACGGCUCCACCACCAGCAGGGGCGAGAGGCAGUCCGAGGGCAACGACCCCAAGCCGAGGGCCAGGGGCGAGGCUGCAGAUGCUGGGCAGGGUGAUGCGCCUGGGUCAACAUUUGGCAAGGCUUAA